AUGAGUAUUAAAAAAGCUGCUAUUUGUUAUUUAACUCGAAUACCUGAUGGAGAAACAAUUGAAUUUGCUGAACAACUUGCACGAGAUUCUCGUUUAUCAUCAAAUACAGAUAUUUAUAUUAUGAUUGAUGAUAAUAAUUAUCAAAUUCAAUCAAAUUCAUUAAUAAAUUUUAUUCAAAUAAAUAAUAAUGAAUGUAUAACAAAUGGUUAUCAUUCAUCAAAUAAACUUGAAAUGAAUAAAGAUUGUAUAUCAUGGGAUAAAGCAUUAUAUUAUUUUUGUCAAGUAAAACAAAUGAAUUAUUCAUUUGUAUGGCUUAUUGAAGAUGAUACAUUUAUUCCAUCAGUUGAUGCUUUUGUUUCUUUACAUGAAAAAUAUUCGAAAGAAGGACAAGGAGAUUUAAUUUGUCAAAGAAAUGAAGAAAAUUUAUAUGGAAAUACAUCAACAUGGAAAUGGAGUGAUGUGGUUGGAAAAUUUUCACCACCUUGGUAUCAUUCGAUGGUUUGUGCUAUUGGUUGUAGUCGAAAAUUACUUGAUACAAUUGCGAAUUAUGCUCAACAAAAACGUUUUCUACCAUUUAUUGAAUAUAUGUUUAAUACAUUAGCUAUGCAAAAUCAUUUAAAAGUUGUUAAUCCACCGGAAUUAAGUACAAUUGUAUUUCGAGAAAAUUGGACAUGGGAACAUAUUCAACAAAGACCUAAUAAUUGGUUUCAUCCGUUUAAAAACGAACAUAUCAGACGAGAUAAUCGUUUAAAAAUGGCAAAUGCAUGGAAAGCACCUCCACAAAAUACUGAACAGAUGGCAAAUGUAUGGCAAACACCUUCACAAAAUACAGGAUAUCAAGGAAAUACACAAUGUCAAGGACAAAUGCCUCAAUAUCCAUAUUUUAUGGAACCUUCAUAUUGUCCACCACCACCACCACCACCAAAUAGUGGAAAUGUUAUUUCAUCACUUGUCUAUCCGCCUAAUGUACCGCCUCCUUAUCCACCUCAUUAA